GGUACGAGUUGGCAGUUCCGCCCAAGCCGACAACAAACAAAACAAAGCAAAAAAGAAAAACAGCUAGCAUUCUGUGAAUUACGCAUUGUUGCGACUCAUAAAUGGAUCACCAAGCAACAGGCGGAGGGGCUGUGCACCCGGGCGUAUCUCCCGUGCACCUACAGGACACCGACCAACUGCUCGAUCCUGUACUGUUCUCAAACGACAAUGGAAGUUUCAAGCUAAAAACAGUGCCUGCAUUUAGCCUGCAUUUGCUGAUCUCCACGACUAUCUCAAUUGUUGGCAUCGUACUGGCAGCCUCGUAUCCGGCAGAGAAACGCUGCGAUGCGUACUUCAUAAUGCUCUACUUACGGGCUACCUUCUGGGUCAUCACAUUUCUCUUCGACCACUUUGUGAAGAAACAGCACGACAAUCUGCGCAUGAAUGGCUAUCACGAUUUCCAUCGCGAAACGAACAUGCAGAAGGGCAUUCCACUGCAACUGGUAUCUCUGUGGAACUCUGCUCUUUUAGCCGUCCAAGCGCUCAUCCAUCAUUAUUAUGGCGAGAACUUCUGGGAACAUUGCGCCGCAGGAUGGCUCUCACCGGUUAGCUAUGUGACUGCAUUUACUGUGGCUGAGAACCUGGUUCUUACAGUUACUCACUCAUGUUAUAUAGACAAAGUGCGUAAAUUUAACAACGCAAAGCUUGUCCCGGAUGUUCUUCGCGGCACAGAUCGUGCCGGCGGUUCUUUGGGUCUCAUGCAACCCGGAGGCGACACCACUGAGCUGCUGGAGAAGCAGGCCGACCUUAUUGCCUACCUGCGUGACCAUACGCACAAGCUCAACCAGAAACUGCAUCAAAUGCAGACCAAUGUCCGACCAGUGCGGGCUCCGCAAAUUCCUUAAAGACCCCUCAUAUAUCCUAUAUAUAAUAUAUCUACGUACUAUCAUAUUUUUACAAUCGGUUCUCUUUUUAUUUUUGAUUUAUUCACAAUUACGACGAAGAAAUAUUCUUCAAAAAUAAUCAAUUCCAUACACAAUUGGUAACUGGACAAAAAAAUGUAAAAUCCAACUGUAAAUACAGAGAACGACAUACUUAAUCAACGAUAAAAGAUUAAGUUGCAAUGUAUAAUAAAAACAAGUGUGUGUAAAAUUGUUAAAUUAAAAUCGA